UUUGUUAACCACGUGUCACGAGUUGUGCGUUUUCGCGGCAAAACGCGCAUUACUCUGCGACAAAUUAAUUUGAAUUUCGAACACAUUGUUGUUUUAGUGCAUUUAGUUUUUGCGGAGUUGUGAGUUUGAGCUGUGUUUUGAUAGUCUGUGGUGUGGAUCGUGAUUAAAAAUAUAAAUGCAGUGCAAUAAUAGUUAUUGUUUUUGGUCGAGUUGCGCCAUGAUAAUGUGAUAACUUAUGGAGAUCGACACCAAUCUUAGCGGUGAAGUCUCAAUACAAGUGCAUAAAAACGGUGUUCUAAAUAAAUACGGUUCAUAGAAAAACUUUCAUUUUGUGAUAUUCGAAAUUUGAAAUUAUACUCAUUGUGUUCCUAUUUUGAAAAUUUGAAAUAGUUUGAAUAAAUACGGUUCAACAUAAACAUUAAUUUUGUGAUAUUCGAAAUUUGAAAUUAUACUCAUUGUGUUCCAAUUUUGAAAAUUUGAAUAAAUACGAUUCAACAAAAACUUUCAUUGAUGAUGAUAAUAUUCGAAAUUUGAAUAUUUCUACUCAUUGUGUUCCAAUUUUAAAAAUAUUCAAUAUUUUUGGCGCGAAUCGUGCUGCUAUUUGUGACUAGUGAUUUGGUGGAAGUGUAUAGAGUUGUGUGUCUGUGUAUGUAUAAUGAGUGCGGAGUAUGGGUGACCCGCAGACCAUACAUAAGACCUGCGUGAGGGUCAACUCAGCAGACGACGAGGAGCGGGACGAGGUAGACCAUGAACUGCCAAGGAGAAACCCUUUUGUACGGGGGUCGGACCCACGGGUGGCCACGUGUCGGGGGCGGCUCCAGACCCGCCGCUGUCAGCUCAACCAGGAGAUCAACAAGGAGCUGCGGCUGCGUGCUGGAGCUGAGAACCUGUUUAAGGCGACAACGAACAGAAAGCUGCGCGAGACCGUCGCGCUGGAGUUGAGCUUUGUCAACUCGAAUCUGCAGCUCCUGAAGGAGCAGCUGGCAGAGCUGAACUCCUCGGUGGAACUGUACCAGAAUGACAGCCAACAGUGCGUGAUGCCGAUGAUCCCGUUGGGGCUGAAGGAGACGAAGGAAGUGGACUUCAGGGAGCCAUUUAAGGACUUCAUCCUGGAGCACUACAGCGAGGACGCCGCUACAUACGAAGAUGCUAUCUCCGACUUCAUGGACAUGAGACAGGCGAUGCGCACACCAGUACGGUCGACGGCGGGCGUGGCCCUCCUCUUCAAAUACUACAACCAGCUGUACUUCAUUGAGAGGCGGUUCUUCCCACCAGACAGAUCUCUCGGGGUCUACUUCGAGUGGUUUGAUUCUCUAACUGGAGUCCCUUCCUGCCAAAGAACUGUGGCUUUCGAGAAAGCCUGCGUCCUGUUCAACAUGGCCGGCAUAUAUACACAAAUUGGUGCUAAACAGGAGCGCAGCACGUGCGCGGGCCUGGACGGCGCUGUGGACGCGUUGCUGCGUGCGGCCGGCACGCUGCGGUACAUUCACGAGAACUUCACCAACGCGCCCUCCGUGGACCUGGCGGCAGACACGCUGCUCGUGCUCGGCGCGCUCAUGACGGCGCAGGCCCGGGAGUGCUUGUUCGAGAAGCUGCAGCUGCAGGCGCGCGAGGCGUCCCCCGCCGAGCUGCGGCGCGACCUCGACAUGUGCCUCGACCUCGCGCAGGAGAGCGCGCAGCUCGCGCACACCUACCGACAGCUCUACGACAAGAUGCAGUCAGAGGGUGUGUUCAACUAUGUGCCAUACUCGUGGGUUUCCUUGGUCCACGUGAAGACUGAAUUUUAUAAAGCGCUGGCGCACCAGUACUGCGCGAGUGGGUUGCUACACGCGCCCUCCGGCGGCUCUCGAGAACGACUGCUGGCACUGUACGCGCCCUCGGGGGACAGAACGCCCGAAAAUGGUUCAUCAGUAACUCCAUUGCUAAAGGACCAGGAGCUGGACUACAUGGCAUUAGGACGAGCUCACCUCGCUGAAGCGUUAACACUUUACGAAGAAGCGUUAAGACUACAGAGAAUGUGCCGCGAGCUGCGCAGCAAGCAGGCGCUGUCGCUGGCGGUGCGCGCGCAGCUGGAGCGCGCGGCCCGCGAGCGCCCGUCCGGUCGCCCGCUGGACCCGCGCGGGCCGCACGACCCGGACGACUUCGCGGACCUGCUCGACGCGCCGCACAUACACCCAUCAUCGAAAUUCCAACUGUCCCUAACACCACCGGAUUUCGCCCAGCACCGAGUCGAGGAUCUGUUCAAAUCUCUCGGCCCGAUCGCCAUAUUCUCAGCUAAGCGGCACUGGAGUGCGCCCCGACUCGUCCAACUCCAAAAGAACGGCGACAAACGGCUAAACGGCAGACCAGAAAAACGGAACGGCAGACUGGACGAGCAGGAACACAGAAACGGGAAGAGAACAGAGAAGCGCGACAGAUCCGAAGAUAACAGCACUUAUUACAAUCAAGUGAUAAGAAGCGAUGAGAAGUACACAGAAGAAUAUGAGAAGAAGAAACUGCAUAGAGUGACAAAACAAAAUGGCGUCUAUAUAAACAGUUAUAAUAAUAAUAAUAACUACGAUUAUCACCCGAAAGUUUUGGAUUAUGAUAAAGAUUAUAAUUGUAGGAAUAAACCGGGUGUUGAGAAUGGGGUUUGUAAACACGAGGUCAAUGGGAAGGUGAACGGGAGGGAAAGGAAGAAAGGAGAGCUGAGGAGAGUGGCCAGUGAAUACAACGUGUCCAAUGGAAAGUCGGAUGGUGAUGGGUUUGGAUUCUCCGUGAGAGGAGACGCGCCUGUCAUCAUCGCUGCGGUGGAACCCAAUUCAUUGGCUGAUAUUGGCGGUAUGCGAGAAGGCGACUUCAUAAUAUCGAUAGGUGAUAAAGACGUCAAAUGGAGUUCUCAUGAUGAGGUGGUGAGGCUCAUACAGCAGACUGGAGACACCCUCACCAUGCGGCUAGCAUCACCCAUGGACAAAAGCUGCCUCAAGGCCUCCCCAGAAACUACCCGGCAGUCGAACUCCAACCAGGGCUCCGUAUCGGCCGCGUCCACAGCGUCCAGCGGAUCCACGGCCGUGACUGCUCGUUCAUCCGCACGACGGGCGCCAUCUUGGAAUCCCUUCCGAAGACACACGACCAGAGACACGAGCUCCCACCGAGGCUCUCACACUAACGUAAUAUUCAGAUAACCGCCAUCUAUUGGCUGCGUUCGGUAAUGUACAGCGCCAUCUAUCGGCUGCCCCGCGAAAUGUCGGGAAACAAGUUAUUGAAUAGACUGAUAUAUCGUCACCAAUGUUUAAUAGCUCUUUAUGUAGUUAGAAUUCUUUGGAGUAUACCAAAAUAUAAGCAAGUUAUAGAGAACACGUUCAGAUAAACACCAUCUAUCAUUCGGUAAUGAACAGCGCCAUCUAUCGGCUGCCCCUCGAACAGUCGUUGAAUAAAUUGAUAUAUUUUCACCAACGUUUAAUAACUCUUUAUAUGGUUAAGAUUUUUUGGAGUACACUAAAAUAUAAGCAAGUUAUAGAGAACAAAUUCAGAUAAACGCCAUCUAUCAUUCGAAGCUAACAGA